AUGGUGCAGAAAUACCAGUCUCCGGUUCGAGUCUACAAAUAUCCUUUUGAGCUCGUCAUGGCCGCAUAUGAAAAGCGCUUUCCUACGUGUCCAGAGAUCCCAGUCUUCCUGGGGAGUGAAAUCCUACAUGAGUCCAGGAGUGAAGACGGAGCUAUACAUGUCAUUGAACGGAGCUGCAAACUGAACGUGGAUGCUCCUAGGCUGCUAAAGAAGAUUGCAGGUGUAGAGUAUGUUUUCUUCAUCCAGAAAAACACAGUGAACUGGAAAGAGCGAACUCUCCGCAUUGAAGCCCACAACGAGACUUUUGCCAACCGCGUUGUCGUCCUUGAGACGUGUAGCUACUCAGUUCACCCUGAGAAUGAAGAGUGGACUUGCUUUGAACAGUCGGCCUCUCUCGAUAUCAAGUCGUUUUUUGGCUUUGAAAGCACAGUGGAAAAAAUCGCCAUGAAGCAGUACACUUCAAACAUCAAGCGGGGCAAGGAAGUGAUUGAACACUAUCUGAAGGAACUGAUCUCCCAAGGAAUCACAUUCAUCCCUCGUUGGACACCUCCUCCAGUGUGCGGACAGACGGAUGAGCAAACCCCAGCUGUUGGACGUGAUGCCGCUGACGUAGCCCUUGAGUCUGGGGCCAAUGGAGCUGCCAAAGAAAGUUUAAAGGUAUCUUCAGCUCCUCUGAACUGUUCUUUUUCUUCCUCAGCUGACAAAUUGGACGCCGAUUACAUUGAGCGAUACCUGGGCCAGCUGACGCCAAUGCAAGAGAGUUGUUUGAUCCGCCUUCGCCGGUGGCUUCAAGAAACGCACAAAGGCAAGAUCCCCAAAGAUGAACAUAUCCUUCGAUUUCUGCGGGCUCGUGACUUCAACAUUGACAAGGCUCGAGAAAUGCUCUGUCAGUCACUGUCUUGGCGAAAGCAGUACCAGGUGGAUUACAUCCUUCAGUCAUGGCGGCCCCCAGCCCUCUUAGAUGAAUACUACACUGGAGGAUGGCAUUAUCAAGACAAAGAUGGACGACCACUCUACAUCCUUCGCCUUGGCCAGAUGGACACAAAAGGCUUGGUGAAAGCCCUGGGAGAGGAAUCGCUGCUGCGACAUGUUCUGUCAAUUAAUGAGGAAGGACAAAAGAGAUGUGAGGAAAAUACCAACAGCUUUGGCCGCCCCAUCACAUCCUGGACAUGUCUGGUGGACUUGGAAGGGCUAAAUAUGCGGCAUCUCUGGCGGCCUGGAGUGAAGGCCCUGCUUCGGAUAAUUGAGGUUGUGGAGGACAACUACCCUGAAACUCUGGGGAGACUAUUGAUAGUGCGAGCACCCAGGGUGUUUCCUGUGCUCUGGACUCUGGUCAGUCCCUUCAUCAAUGAGAACACAAGGCAGAAGUUCCUCAUUUACAGCGGGAAUAACUACCAGGGUCCAGGAGGGCUGGUAGACUACGUGGACAAAGAUGUGAUCCCAGACUUCCUGGGAGGAGAGUGCAUGUGUACUGUCCCAGAGGGUGGCCUUGUUCCCAAGUCGCUUUAUCAGACAGAGGAAGAGCCAGAGAACUCGGAUCACAUCCGGUUGUGGACAGAAACCAUCUAUCACUCUGCAAGUGUCCUCCGAGGAGCUCCCCAUGAGAUAGUUGUGGAGAUUCUGGAAGGGGAAUCCGUCAUCACCUGGGACUUUGACAUCCUGAAGGGAGAUGUGGUGUUCAGCCUCUUCCACUCCAAACGAGCUCCUGAAACAAGUCAUAAAGAAGCCACCUUACCAAGUACCUCUGCUGCCGGGGACAACAUGCAGCUGAUUGACAAGACGUGGGUCCUCGGGGUGGAUUACAGUCGUAUGGAAUCGCCACUGGUUUGCCGGGAAGGAGAGAGCAUCCAGGGAUCUCACGUGACUCGCUGGCCGGGCUUCUACAUUCUCCAGUGGAAGAUGCAUGGCCCUCUGCCCUGUUCUGGCAGUAGCCUCCCACGGGUGGAUGAUGUUCUUGCCUCUCUGCAGGUCUCCAGUCACAAGUGCAAGCUUAUAUACUACUACGAGGUGCUUGCAUCCAAGGACUUCAGGGGAUCCAUGUCGAGCCUGGAAUCUUGCAACAGCGGCUUUUCCCAGCUGAGUGGAGCCACGACAUCUUCCAGCCAGUCCCAGAGCAGCUCCCAUCUUUCUAGAUAGCAGGGCUAAAACUACAGCAGCAAGGAGGAAUGGCGUAGGGCUUGCUGGCCACCCCGGAGCUGCUCUGUGCCCCAAACCAAAGAGCCUCCCGGGGC